ACAUUGCUCAUUCCAUCCAAACAAACACGACGUAACACACUUGCAAAAAAAAGUUAUAACAAUUCAAUAGUCAAAAAUGAUCAGUGUAUUUAUUCUAGUGAGUGUUUUGUUACCAAUUUUAAGCCAUGGUGUUCCUUUAGAUGAAGGAAAGAGUGCUUCAGGACUGAAGGCUCCUGAAAGAGUGGGGUUACAGGAGAUAGGUCAUGGUGAUGAUGUAGCAUUUGCAGCCACUUGGGGUGAGGUCAUCAGUGAUGACCCGGAUGACCCUGUUACAGGUUAUACGGCAUAUUUAUGGGAGAUAAAGAAAGUGAAGACAUUAGUAUUCGUCAAUGGUGAACAGCAAGAGGAUGAGCCGCCAAUUGACAACGACCAUCUACCUGACGGCAUACCGAUGAUAAUGACCGUACCAGCGAACAAACACAUCGCGUUUUUCUACAACCUGAAGAUGCAAGUUGCUUACGAGAUCAGGGUCAAAGCCUACACGAAGAAUAGAGAAGGACCCUUUUCACAAGCCAUGAGACUCAAGCUAUUGAAAAAAACAAUUACUGUGUCUUAAAAUCUUGAUAAACUGUCUAUUCGUUUUAAAGUUAAUAAUAAAAUCGUUGUUAUGCAUUUACUCAACGCUAGAAUGAUAGUGCUUUUUUUUUAUUAAUAUAUGAGGUAUGAAGUAAGUGUAAAGCACCAACCGCGCAUGUAUGUAAUUUCAAAGUAUGUUAUUAACACCAACGACGGAUUAGAGGUGAAAUAAAACUUCUCAGAAAACCAGGAUUGUAUAAUACAGAAAUAACCUGAAUUGAGCAAGCUAUGCUAACGCUCACUUUUAUGAAGUAAUGAACUAACUUCACUUUCAAUAUAUACAUGUUUGUGUUAUUUUAUAUAAUACUAGCCGUUUUCCCGCGGUUUCACCCUCGUCCCGUGGGAGCUACUGCCCGCACCGAGAUAAAAUAUAGCCUAUGUUACUCGCAGACAAUAUAGCUUUCUAAUGGUGAAAGAAUAUUUAAAAUCGGUCCAGUAGUUUUUGAGUUUAUCCAUUACAACCAAACAAAGUUUUCCUCUUUAUAAUAUUAGUACAGCUAUAUAUUUAUUUAUUUAUUACAUUUUAUUUGUCAUUGUUUAGGUAUUCAUAUUAUACAUAGUACACCAAAACUACCUGCAAUACAGUUAUUCAAAGGUUGUCUGUAAGAAAUCGCUUUUAGCGAUAAGACCGCCAUUGUGUCACCGACUUUAAAAUCUUUAGAUUCGUUUUUGUUGUUUUUUAAUUGGUGCACAUAAUAAAGAGUAUAUCUAUUUAUCUAUCUACACAAACGUAAAACGCCAACAAGUUGACCUCUGCCUGCAUUGAGAUAAAAAUACAUGUUAUUUAUGUAAGUACAACACAUUUGGUACAUACCAGUCACGCAAACUAGACGUCCGAACAAACAAUUGAAAAACUUUAAUAGUCAUUUUAAAAUAAGUAAUAUACAAGUUAAAUCAUGAAGGUUUUCUGCGUGUUCCUGUUGGUAAGCUUUUCCUAUGGUCUUCCGACGGAUAGUAAGGGGACCAAGCUGUCAGCUCCUAACUUGACACGCCUUACAGCAAUGGAAUCGGAUGGUGGUUAUUCGGAGCGAAUAAAUUGGGAUGCAGUAGUUAGUGACGAUGCAUCUGAUCCCGUUGUCGGGUAUAAGGU